CACGUUGGAGGAGUGAUAAAGCAGCUUGCUUGUUAAUUUCACUGCGUUUCUUGUCGUUGCGAGCUGUCAGCAGGCCUGUCAGUCAGUCAGUCAGGCAGGCAGGCAGGCAGUGAGUUCGCAGCACGGCCAGCGCUCUCUGAAAUAUCCUCUCAUCUCACACACAGACACAGACAGACACGGGGAGUGUGUGGGCGCCCGGUGCCCGGUGUGUGUGUGUGCGCGCGUGCGCGUGUACGUUUGUGUGUUUGUGUGUGUGUGUGUGUGUGUGUGUGUGUGUGUGUGUGUGUAGAGUCGGGGAGUUGUCAGAGCACUAAGGAAAAGAGUGGGGGAGCACGCACAAUGUGAGAGAGGAGUUGAGAGAAAGAGAGAGACAUUGAGGAGGAAAGAGAGGAGGAGAGUUGAGUGAGAGUGUGUGAGUGGGAGAGAGAGAGAGAGAGAGAGACCUCGGCAGAGAGGAGGAGAGAGAGAGGGGAGGAGAGCUCCGUCUCUCCCGGUGCACUUGGCAGUCUAGUUGCGGGCUGCUGUGCUGUUGCUGUCGUGGCGUGGCUGGUCGCGCCAGGCGGGGAACUUCACCACACUGGAGCCCGGAGUCCCACUCUCUCACCUGCGCAGUUCGGAGCUGCCAUGGGUCUCUCGCCUGGAUUUACUGUCCUAAUUAUUCUACCGGCCUUUCUGCUGCACACCAGCGGCCUUUACAUCGCCAGUAGCGUUGACUCCCUGCAGCAUGUGCUGGGGGAGUAUGGACUGGUGAGGCCAAUCAGUGUGGACGCAGAGGGCCGCUUCCUGUCGCACGCUGUCUCGGCUGUCCACAUGGCAGGAGGGCAGUCCCGUAGGCGCCGGAGGAGGGAGAUAGGAGUAGGCAAUGAUGAGUGGAAAGGGCCAAGAGGAGUUGAGGAGGACCAAGAGCCGGUGGCCCGUCGGGAAAGGCUUUACUACAACGUUACCGUCUUCGGCCGGGAGUUCCACCUGCGCCUGCGCCACAACACCAGGCUGGUGGCCCCCGGAGCCAAGAUGGAGUGGCGUGAUGACAGCGACAGCACCCGUCACUCUGAGCCCCUGCACGAUGAAUGCCUCUACGUGGGUGAUAUCACAGACGCACCAGGGGCCGCUGUGGCUAUCAGCAACUGUGAUGGCCUGGCUGGUAUGAUCAGGACGGAGCAAGAGGAGUUUUUUAUCGAGCCAGUGGAGAGGGGCGAUGGAGUGAUAGAAGACGAGGAAGAGGAGGGAGGAGGAGGGAGGACACACAUCGUCUACCGCUCGUCAGCCGUAAAGAAAGCUCCCAUCAGCAGCGCGGCGGCAGACUUCCACUCCAGAGGUGCUGAUCUUGGUGGUCUGAUGGACCUGGAGUCUCUGUACCGCGGUGUGGAGCAGAGUAUCAACCACACACGAGCGGGGCGAACGCGUCGACAGAGCCUGGACAGGGCCUACAACAUCGAGGUGCUGCUGGGCGUCGAUGACUCGGUGGUCCAGUUUCACGGGAAGGAGCAUGUCCAAAAAUACCUGCUCACACUCAUGAACAUCGUAAAUGAGAUCUACCAUGACCAGUCUUUGGGAGCAAAGAUCAAUGUGGUUCUGGUGCGGAUUAUCAUGCUGGGCUAUGGCAAGUCCAUGAGUCUGAUUGAACUGGGGAACCCAUCUCAGAGUCUGGAGAAUGUGUGUCGUUGGGCCUUCCUGCAGCAGAAGCAGGACACAGGGGACGCCGAGUAUCAUGACCACGCCAUCUUCCUCACACGACAGGAAUUUGGUCCCACGGGCAUGCAGGGUUACGCUCCAGUGACAGGCAUGUGCCAUCCGGUGAGGAGCUGCACUUUGAACCAUGAGGACGGUUUCUCCUCUGCCUUUGUGGUGGCACACGAGACCGGACACGUGCUGGGGAUGGAGCACGACGGCCAGGGGAACCGCUGUGGAGAUGAGGUGCACAUGGGCAGCAUCAUGGCUCCGCUGGUGCAAGCUGCCUUCCACCGCUUUCACUGGUCUAGAUGUAGCAUGCAAGAGUUGGGACGUUACCUUCAUUCCUAUGACUGUCUCCGUGACGACCCCUUUGACCACAACUGGCCCUCGCUGCCUCAGCUCCCUGGUUUGCACUACUCCAUGAAUGAGCAGUGUCGCUUUGACUUCGGUGUGGGCUACACGAUGUGCACAGCGUAUCGCACAUUUGACCCAUGUAAGCAGCUGUGGUGUAGCCACCCAGAUAAUCCCUUCUUCUGCAAGACCAAGAAAGGACCGCCCAUUGAUGGCACCAUGUGUGGGAAUGGGAAGCAUUGCUUUAAAGGUCACUGUAUCUGGUUGACCCCUGACAUCAUAAAGCAAGAUGGAAACUGGGGUUCGUGGAGUGAGUUUGGCCAGUGCUCCCGCACUUGUGGUGGAGGAGUACAGUUUCGCACACGUGACUGUGACAAUCCAAGACCAGCCAACGGGGGCCGUACCUGCGUGGGGGCGACUUACCAGUUCCAGAUGUGCAACACCAACGAAUGCGAGGAUAUCUACAGUGACAUGCGAGAAGAGCAAUGCCACGCUUGGGACCCUCGCUUCGAACUCCACAGCAACAAGCACCACUGGCUGCCUUAUGAACACCCAGACCCUAACAAACGCUGCCACUUGCAUUGCCAAUCCAAGGAGACAGGAGAUGUGGUCUUCAUGCAGAGAAUGGUCCUUGACGGCACACGCUGCUCAUACAAGGACCCGCACAGCGUGUGUGUGCGUGGAGAGUGUGAGAAAGUGGGCUGCGACAGUGUGGUCGGCUCGUCAAAGCAGGACGACAAGUGUGGAGUGUGUGGAGGCGACAACUCCAGCUGCAAAACCUUCAAAGACACCAUCACACGUACUGCUAAAAAACAAGGUUUCCUCAAGGUUCUUGAAAUCCCCAGAGGAGCCAGACACCUGCUGAUUCAAGAGCUGAAAGCAACUUCUCACAUCUUAGCUGUGAAGAAUGUGGCAUCCGGACUGUUUUUCUUAAAUGGGGACGAUGAAUACCCAAAAUCCCACUCAGUCAUAGAGAAAGGAGUGGAAUGGGAAUAUGAGAACGACAACGACAAGGAGACCCUUCAGACCACUGGCCCUCUCAGACAUGGAAUUCUUAUCAUGAUGAAAUUACACGGGGAUGAAGAUGUGAAUUUAUCCUAUAAGUACAUGAUGAACAUGGACAGUGACUCAGCCAUUCAGAACAACAUGUUGGUAGAAGACAGUGCCUAUGAGUGGGCCCCAAAGAGAUGGUCUUACUGUUCCAAGCCCUGUGGUGGAGGGAAGCAGUAUUUGAGAUACGGCUGCAGAAGAAAAGUUGACAGCAAGAUGGUCCACAAGAGUUUCUGUAACAAGUCCAACAUGAAACCUAGAGGAGACACCAGAGACUGCAACCAGAAGCCCUGCCCUCCACCCAUUUGGGUGACAGGGGAGUGGCAGAACUGCAGCAAACCAUGUGGAAAGACAGGUAUGCAAAUACGCUCAGUCAGCUGUGUCCAGCCGUCAGACGACAACACCACACGCUCCAUCCACAACAAACACUGCAACGACGACCGGCCUGAGUCCCGCAGACCCUGCAACCGACACCCCUGUCCCACCCAGUGGAGAGUUGGACCAUGGUCACAGUGCUCAGUGACAUGUGGUAAUGGGACCCAGCAGAGGCAGGCUCUGUGCCACACCAGGGACAACACCAUCGGCCUGUGUCUGGACAGCAAGCCUGACACCAUCAGAGUCUGUCGCAUGGAUCCAUGUCCCAAGGGCUCAUCAGACCUCAACAAGAACGGCAACAUCCUGAUCCAGUGGCUGUCUCGCCCCAACCCCAACUUCCCGAAGAUCUCCUCACGCCAGCGUUGUCAUGGAGACCGUUCCGUGUUCUGUCGAAUGGAGGUGCUGAAGCGCUACUGCUCUCUACCGGACUACCAGCGCAUUUGCUGCAAGUCCUGCAGCAAUGUGACCAUCACAGAGCUUCUACCCAACUCCACCUCUAUGCGCCCCAGUGUCACAGUUCCUCCACCUACCAGCACCCUCAGCUCUGGCUUCACCACCACCCAACCCACCGAACCUGUCAUCACCACCAUUUCAGCUCCUACCACCAGCCCCUGGACCAUCACUCAUCCUCCUGCCUUCACCACUCCUGUUCCUCAUUCCACCCAAACCCCACUCAGAACCACAGACGUGAUCACACCUUAUUUGUUGGAUGCUACCAGUGCUCCUGUCUACCCUACCACCUUUUCCAUGGCAACCACCUCAGUUAUUACAACCUCUCCCAGUACAACUGCUCAUCCCCUGCCUCUGCCUAUCCCAGAUGUAGACGACAGCACAGAUCCACAGUUACAGAGCACUACAAAUGUUCUAACGACAUCUGGUAUGAUAACUACCAUAGACUUUACAGCAGCCACCAGUCCAACAAUCACAAAUCCAGCUGAACAUAGCACAAAAACAGACAGCCCGCUGAAACCAAAGCCCAAAAAGAAUAUUCCUUCAAAGAAAAACCCCAAAAAGGUGAUUCCACCAAAGAUCAAUCCAAAAAAGAAUACUGCACCAAAAAAUACUACAAGAAAAGAUGUUUCACCAAAGGUCAAUCCCAAAAUGAAAACAAGUGCCUCUCCAAAAAAGAAUACUUCUGUUAACAGCAAUCCCAAAAAGAAUGAACCAGAAAAAACAAAUCCCAAAAAGUCUACUCCGGCAAGUACUACUCCCAAAAAGACUCCUCAAAUAAAGACUACUCCCAAAAAGACUCCUCAAAUAAAAAGUACUCCCAAAAAGACUCCUCCAGAAAAAACAACUCCCAAAAAGACUCCUCCAGAAAAAACGCCUAAAAAGAUUACUCCGUCAAGCACUACUCCCAAAAAGACGUUUCCAGAAAAAACAAUCCCCAAAAAGACUACUCCGUCAAGCACUACUCCCAGAAAGACAUUUCCAGAAAAAACAACUCCCAGAAAGACUACUCCGGCAAGCACCACUCCCAAAAAGACGCUUCCAGAAAAAACUACUCCCAAAAAGACUCUUACAGAAAAAACGACUCCCAAAAAGACUACUCCGGCAAGCACCACUCCCAAAAAGACGCUUCCAGAAAAAACUACUCCCAAAAAGACUCUUACAGAAAAAACGACUCCCAAAAAGACUACUCCGGCAAGCACCACUCCCAAAAAGACGCUUCCAGAAAAAACUACUCCCAAAAAGACUCUUACAGAAAAAACUACUCCCAAAAAGACUACUCUGGCAAGCACCACUCCCAAAAAGACGCUUCCAGAAAAAACUACUCCCAAAAAGACUCUUACAGAAAAAAUGACUCCCAAAAAGACUACUCCGGCAAGCACCACUUCCAAAAAGAUGCUUCCAGAAAAAACUACCCCCAAAAAGGUGCUUUCAGAAAAAACUACUCCUAAAAAGACUUCUCCAGUGAAGCUUACUCCUGAGAAAAAACUCAAACCCUUGCCCAAAAAGGAGGUUCCACCAAAGGCCAGCCCCAAAAAAAUCACACAGCCAAAGACAAAAGUAACAAAACAAACUCAGACCAAGACAAACCACAAAAAGAACUCAAAGCCCACAGCCUCACAUGCCAAGGUCAAUCAGAAUAAGGGCACAGUGAAAAAGACUAAUCCGAAGAAGAAAACACUUGAAACGUCUUUCUAUUACACCAUAGCUCCCUCUCCCUAUACAAGCCCAGAACCAUCAAGAGAAUACUUUUCUCCCACUGUCUCCUCUAGCACUAGUGUCUAUGAUCCAGCAGCUUUUCCUGAGUCAACAGUCAAUGUCACGUUCAUCAGUAACAACACAGAGGCUACAGAAGAAACUCCAAUUGAGUACUAUGACAGCACAGACACCGCAUCAGUAACACCCAGCACUUUUGAUGAUCUCGUAACACCCACCACUACUACUCAGCUUGAUGACGUCACGAUGCCCAGUGGAACCAUGCCAUAUGGUGAUGUCCCAAUGACCAGCAGUGGUGACAUCACAGUAACCAGCGGGACCAUUGUCAGCGGUGAUGACAUCACAGUGUCUUACAGCAACGUGGGAGUGGUCAGUGACACCAUGGUGCUGGACGACGGUCUCACUAUGGUGAUCCCGACCAUAAACAGCGAUGAUAUGAUGGAUCUCGCCUCCACACCUUGGCUGGACCUGUCCGAGUACAUCCCCGUGAGCAUUCCCAUGACAACCCCAGACCCCAUCACCCCCUCACCUUCCACCACCUUCGCUCCAACAACAGAAAAAGCUGUCAUCACGACCACCACGGCCUCUACAGUGAGACCUCAGCGACGAGCAGAGGAGAACAGUGAGAACAACUCCAUUGACGUCUUGUACAACAGGGUCGUCAGCGUAGACAAUGACAUCUCUCAGAACAACCUGAUCCCAAAGCGCCGGGUCAACCUCCGAGAACGAACCAGGAACAAACGCAUUCAGGAGCUUCUGGAGGAGAAACGGAACUUUCUCCUCAGGAUGAAGAGAGGCCAUGCGGCACGAUAGACCAAGCCUUCUCAUUUCUCUUAUAGAGAUCUUUACAGACUUUUGUAAGAGUUGUUUAAACCCCUCUGUGAACUGCCAUGAUGCUUUCUGUCAGGCCUCUCCACAAAAAAACUCUCUGUCAUAUCAGUAUCAUGACAAUCAGGACUGCUGCAGAGAGAAAAUAUCAUGGCCAAAUGUUUGAACAGUUGCUUUGAAUAAAGCAAAGCCCUUCAGAGUACAGACUGUUGCAGAUUUGCAGCAAAUCGCCUUGCCUGUGUAAACACAAUAAUGAGAAACAGAAGGGAUGAAAAGUGUACAUCCAGUUUGACCAGCACUUUACAAAGCCAAGCUUUUAUCCCUCUAAACCACCCACAGUCUUGUUUGAGGAUUCACUCAACGGAUGAUGUAGAUAAGAUGUAAUGUAGUUUGUAAAAUGGUAUUAUCCGUACUGGCACUUAUGGAGGAACAAAAUCUACAACCUAGAAUCCAAAUCUCCAUCUGAUAUUAUAUUACAGCCCAGGACUGCAGCUCAUUUCCCCCAAACAGAUAUGAAUACCUCUCAGCUCCCUAAUAACAGCUACUGUAGCACAAAAUUAAAAUGUGUCCUUGUUAAGUGGCCAGCACUCUGAAUACCCUAUACACACACACACAGCAAAUUGGAGCUUUUGGAGGCCUGAGGGCAGUAUGGUAAUGCCAAACAAUCAGAAAGUCAGAGUUUCCUUUUGGUUUAAUAGCAUUGUGAAAGUUUACACUGCUUGGAUCGUGUUGCCUUUUCCAAAGCAAACAGUCUCUCUGACUGCACAAGGGUCUUUCAUCUCUCAGGAAGUUUAGAUACAUUGUGGAAGUCUGGUGAGGGACAUUGCCACACUUGGUGCUUCCUGGAUUUUAAUUAUAUUUUUGAUAUCUUGCUAAGCUAAAAUUAUUGAAGAGAAAAAAAAUAUUUUGAUUGCGUUUUUUUGUUGUUGUUUUUCUUUUUCAACGGUCAGUCAAGUAUGGUGCUUUUUUUGACAGCAAUGUCCCUCAUGUGUUCAUUUAUGUACAAAAACAACAAAAAUAUAAUAAGCCUGUUUGUAUUAAAGGUAUCCACAUAGAAGCUUUGAGGGCCAGUAUAUUUUCUUUUCUAAAAGUUUUAUUAUUGGUACAUCUCUAACUUGCAACUGCCAAAGCACCUACGGAUCUUUCUGUACGAUAUCUGUACAUAUGAAAAAGAACUUAAUGUUUAAUAUUUAUUAAAGUUUAAGUGCCUGUGGAAUUUUGCAAA